UAACGGGACACCACUAAUCCUCUCCUUAUAGUCUCUCUCUCUCUCUCCCACUAUAUAAUCUCUGUGUGUGCGUUAUUUUUCAUUAGACUCACCAUUAAUUAAUUCACUCUUUCUAAAUAAUUUUAUCAGCAAAAUGGCUCUCUUUCUAUAUUUGUUCUUCUUGAUCAUCUCAUCUGCGAGUGCUUGUGAUAGAUGUGUACAUCAAGCCAAGGUUGCUUACUACGCCUCAGAUUCUGUUCUUUCAGCUGGGGCUUGUGGUUAUGGUGCGUUGGCUUUAGGCUUCAAUGGUGGAAACCUUGCAGCUGCUGUUCCUAGCCUUUACAGAGAUGGUGCUGGUUGUGGUGCGUGUUUUCAGAUAAGAUGCAAAAACACAACCAUUUGUAACAAAGAAGGGACUGGAGUAACAGUAAUUGAUCUCAACCAGAACCACCACAAUGAUUUUGUUGUUAGCAACAAAGCUUUCAUGGCCAUGGCUAAUAAUGGAAUGGGCCAAGAAGUUUUGAAACUAGGGGUUGUCGACGUGGAAUAUAAGAGAGUACCAUGUGUCUACAAUAAUCAAAAUUUAGCUGUUCGAGUGGAAGAAUCAAGUCAAUACCCACAUUAUCUAGCAAUUAAGUUCCUGUACCAAGGUGGCCAAACCGAUAUUGUUGCAGUUGACGUUGCCCAGGCUGGUUCAACAAAUUGGAGUCCCAUGGAACGAAAUUUUGGGGCUGUGUGGGACGUAAGUAAGGCUCCUCCGGGGCCGUUGCAGUUUCGAUUUUUUGUGACGACUGGGAACGACCGGAAGUCGGUGUCGGCACAAAAGGGGCUUCCUGCCGAUUGGAAGACGGGGGUGGUCUAUGAUUUUGGAGUUCAGAUCAAUGACAUUGCACAGGAAGCUUGUUCUCCAUGUGAUGAUGUGAAUUGGAAAUAAAAUAUUUUCCUCCAUAAUUAUGCGAACACACCUCCAGUGUUUGUUUUGGUUGCUUAUGUUUAUACUGAAUCAAAUGAUAGAAAAGAUUCAGGAAAUGAGAAUAUAUAUGUAUAUAUUAUGUAUCUAUCUAUGAGUACCUGACAUCCUCUCCUUCAAUCAGUUGGAGACGCACAAGAUGCAGGUUGUCUCUCUCCAACGGCUAUAAUUGAUUUUUUGAUUUUCUGUUCUGUUUGAGUAUAGGCCCGGGCUUGUUAGUACAUGGUUGGGCCUCUAUGCAUAUGUUUGUACUUUUGUUUUGCUGGCCGUUUGGGCCUAGCUACUCUUAGCUGAAUCCCAAUGUAAUUAUUACAUAUUUAUUAUACAAUUGUUUAAUUUACCAA